GCUCAGCAGCAGAGUUCAGUCGAGUGUGCUGGUUAAGUUGCAAUCAGGAGAGCAGGGAAGCAGAAGAGGAAGAGAAGAUGGAGGACGGCGAGAUAGUGGAGGCAGUGGCAAUGGAAGAAGACAUGCAAUUCUCUUCCUACGAAUCACUCAAAGAAACCAAAUCCUCUGUAGAGGAAAUCAUUUCCCAACUCCUCUCUAUGAAAAGAGAGUCCAAAUCCAAAUCUCAACUCCCCGAAUUCAUCGCUCAAAUGUUCCUCAACUUCGUCAAUCUCCGCCAGGUCAAUAGGUCGAUUUUGCUAGAGGAAGAUAAAGUGAAAGCGGAGACGGAGAAAGCAAAAGCUCCGGUGGACUUUACGACUUUGCAGUUACAUAAUUUGAUGUAUGAGAAGAGCCAUUAUCUUAAAGCUAUAAAAGCUUGUAAGGAUUUUAGAUCUAAAUAUCCUGAUAUUGAACUUGUAAAUGAAGAUGAGUUUUUUCGCGAUGCUCCUCAGCAUAUUAAAGGGUCAAAUUUGUCUACUGAUACUUCGCAUAAUUUGAUGCUGAAGAGACUAAAUUACGAGCUUCAUCAGAGAAAAGAGCUGUGUAAGUUGCGUGAGAAACUGGAACAGAAGAAGAAAGGUUUGUUGGAGACUAUUGCGAAUAGGAAGAAGUUCUUGUUGAGUUUGCCGUCGCAUCUUAAAUCGCUUAAGAAAGCUUCAUUGCCAGUACAGAAUCAGUUAGGGGUUCUGCAUACCAAGAAAUUAAAGCAGCAUAACUUGGCGGAGUUACUUCCGCCUCCACUUUAUGUGAUUUACUCGCAGUUGUUGGCGCAAAAGGAAGCAUUUGGAGAAUGUAUUGAUCUGGAGGUGGUGGGAAGUGUUAAAGAUGCUCAAUCAUUUGCUCGUCAGCAAGCGAAUAAGGACAGCAGUAUAUCUACCAAUGUAGAGACUUCCAGGUUGGAGGACGAUGCACCUGAUGAGGAAGAUGAUGGUCAAAGAAGGAGAAAGAGGCCAAAGAGGGUUCAAAGCAAAGAGGGCGUUGAUCAGGCAGGAUCAUAUCAAGCUCAUCCGCUCAAGGUUUUUCUCCAUAUAUUUGACGAUGAGGUUUCUGAUCCAAAAUCUGCGAAGCUCAUUACUCUGAAGUUUGAAUACUUGCUGAAGUUGAAUGUUGUAUGUGUUGGGGUUGAAGGGUCACUUGAAGGACCAGAAAAUAACAUCUUAUGCAACUUAUUUCCCAAUGACACUGGAGCUGAGCUGCCUCAGCAGUCAGCAAAGCUCAUUGUAGGUGACAACCUUGCAUUUGAUGAAAGGAGAACUUCACGUCCAUAUAAGUGGGUCCAGCAUUUGGCAGGAAUUGAUUUCUUACCAGAGACAGCCCCGUUACUCGGCGACCUUGAAACUGCAAGCAGUGAAACUGCUAAAAACGAGAUUGUUUUAUCUGGAUUGUCACUGUAUCGCCAACAGAAUCGGGUGCAGACAGUUGUGCAAAGAAUUCGCUCUCGGAAAAGGGCUCAGCUGGCUCUUGUGGAACAACUUGAAUCGCUUAUGAAGCUUGAAUGGCCUCCUCAGAAUUGUGAAAGUGUUCCAUGGGUUUUGCAUACACCUUUAUGCAAUUUACAUGGCUGGUCGCCAGCAGGGCCUCCACCUAAUCAAGCUUCAACUUUGGCUGUUACUGAUACGAAUAUAGUUCAGGAACCAAUAGAUGUCAAUAUGGAUGGAAGAUUGGAGAGUGCUAGGGAAGAUGGGGAGCUUCCAUCUCUAAUUGCAGCUGCUUCUGCUGUGAAUGAUGUUAAGCUUACUCCAAAAGUAUCUACUCUAGAGCAUUCCAGGCAGCUGAGUUUAAUGUCGAAGAGCAUUAUAUCACCAAUUAGUAAGGUGAAAUCACAAAGUUUCAAGAAACAUGAUGAAGAUUUUGAUCUCUUGCUGGAUACUGAUAGUGAUUUGGACGAGCUUUCACAAAUUGAGCCAGAGGGAGAAACCGACGCUUCUAUUAAAUACAAUGAAAUGGCUGAAAAGUCAUGGGUGGAUUAUGGGGUUAAAGAAUAUACUCUUGUCUUAAUAAGGAAAAAGGAUGACGGAGAGAAGAAAGUAAAGUUAGAAGCAAAGGUUAAAAUCAGCAUGGAGUAUCCUCUUAGGCCUCCUCUCUUUGGCUUGAGUCUGUACAGUGCUGCAGAAAAUCAUGAUGAGAAUAAUGGCUCUGAACGGUACAAUGAACUUCGAGCCAUGGAAGCUGAGGUAAAUCUUUAUAUAUUAAAGCUGCUACCUUUGGAUCAAGAAAAUCAUGUCUUAGCUCAUCAAGUGCGCUAUCUUGCAAUGUUGUUUGACUAUUUAAUGGAUGAGGCAUCUCCAAGUGCAAAAUGUACUUCUGUUGUCGAUGUUGGCUUGUGUAAACCAGUUAGUGGUAGUCUUCUUGCUAGAUCAUUUAGAGGGAGGGAUCGCAGGAAGAUGAUAUCCUGGAAGGACAUGGAAUGCACCUCUGGCUACCCAUACUAGCAAUAGAAUCUUGGGGCAUGCAGGUGAACUUGUUACCACAAACUACUGCUGCUACCAAUCAGCUGGGGGUAGGAAUAAGCAUUAGAGGGAGGUGAUAUUUACCUUUACUAGACUACAUUGUUCUUGCAAAGGACCAUUUUGGGUGCGCAUUCUACUUAAAUUGAUGGAUCUGCGAAACGCAACACAUUAAAACUCUUUUGCAAGGGGCUAUUGUAUCAUGUACUGCUUUGUGGAUCUCGGGGCACCAAAAUAGGAAUUUCCCGGUGUAGCAUGUGCUGACUGCAUAUAAUUUCCCACUUAGGAGCUGAAUGUUGUGAUUUUUCCAGAUUCUGAAGAGUCGAGGAUUUCAUGGCAUAAACUUGAUAUGGACAUGCAAAUUUGUAAUGUUUGUGGAACUUCAUUGCUGCAAUAAAAUUGUGCGAGAUACAGUUCUGAACCGGGCCAGUUUUGCAGAUGGAUACGGCUCAGAUUAUGAAUGUUGUCGGGAAUGGCAUUGUAAGGCAGGAGGUUUAUUUAUCUAUCAUUUUAUGUUCGUAACUGUGGUAUCUCGUGAAAACAUGUGAUUAGCUGAAAAGCUAUAUUUAUACCAUCCAUGAGACUGGAAUAGCCAUUUUAAGAA